AUGGAUAAAGACCCGUAUUUCUCGCGGAGCUUUCUUGCUCGGCCGUCAAAGGGGUCUCUAAACAUUGAGCCUAGUCAAACAACGACUAUUCAAGCCCCCGAAAAUCAUGUCCAGGAACUCCAGAGGCAUGAUGAUCAUGACACCAAAUCUGUCCCAGUGAAGGCUGCCAUCCGUACGCAGCGCGAUCACGAGAGAUUGCAAGCAUGCUUGAAGCCCCCCGACAUGGCAGAUGAUGCACAGUCCGCGUCUGAAGCACAUUCAAGAGGGGUUGAGAACACAACAACCAGCAACACAACAGCAGCUCGGAACCCCUUCAAGCUACCAGGAAUUAGCAAGCCAUCUUUGCUCCAAUCCCAACCAGCCCAGACGGCAACUCCGCAAGCAAAGGCCAACGACAGCAUCAACAAGGACGUAGAGACAAAGGAAACCACUUCCACGUCUGGCCAACCUGGCGCCUCCGCUCGUCCUCGCAAGUCGCUACCUGGAACUUCCAAGAUCCUUCGAAUCCAGUCAGCAAAAGAAAACAGCGCUUUGCUUCCGAGGCCAAUCCUCAACAAUACCAAGAAAACAUAUCUGCCCUCAAGCAUUUCCAGCUCCAUCAAGGUCCCUAAGAGGUCGCUCUUUGCACCCCCUAAGAAGGCUUACCAACAGAACAAGCUUUCAAAGCCUUUGCCGUCAUCAAGUACGACUGCCUCGCGGCCAAAGCAAUCAACUGGCUCGAAUGUCCCAAAGGUUUAUUUUAAGGGUAACGGUUCGUAUUAUACCCGGUUCGACCCAGCAUCCUUGGGCAUAAGAAAGCAUUCCAACAGCCCUACAAUGGACAAAAUAAAGAGCACAGGAAUCAAGAUCCGCUUGGCUUCGGGUAAAGAUAACUUGAAGUCGUCAUCCAAACUGUCUCGGCCCGUCCUUGAGGUUCCUGUUCUCCCUUCUAUGGCCUCUCGUCAGGAAACUCAGCCAACCCACUCUGGAAGUCACGAAUAUGCCAGCCAUUGGGACCAGCCUCGCAACCAACAGAAGGGAACUGAGCCCGAGCUGUUAUCGCUUGCCCAACAAACGGUAGAGGAUGACACAUCAUCAAGAGACUCGAAGCUGUCUGACGUCGAGAGUGUUGAUUCUCGGUCUUUUGGCUCCAACGACACCGCGAGUGCGCCAGGGCAAUCACCUAUACUUGUUAUUGCCGAUAGUGACGACGAGGACGACGAGGACGACGAGGACGACGAGGACGACGAUCGGAUUCUCUACAAUUCUGGGAAAGACGGCGAUGACAACGACGACGACGAUCAGAUUCUUUACGGUUCCGCAAAAUAUGACAAUGGUCGGACUGUUCUCAGAUCUCAAAAGGACGAUUUUUGGCCGGAACGACAAUGCUCAUGCGGAAAAGCCUGA